UAAAAGGCGCGCGUCAGGCGAGCCUUAAGGCCUAAAAGGCGCGAGGCGUGCUGGAAAAAGCCUCUGUUUUGCAGCAGAGGCGCAGAGGCGGCCAAGGCGCUGAGGAAGGCGCAGAAGGCGUAGAAGACGCGCCUUAAGGCGUUAGAGGCGAACGCCUGAGGAAUUUUUUUGUUUUUGUUUUUACAAACCAAAACGACGUCGUUUUGGAUUUUUUGGAGAGAGUUGAUUCAUUUAGGUCGUGUUUUGUAUACGACCCGAUCCCCAAAUCACCCUACCUGCCUCCUCAUGCCUCCCCGAGUCUUCACUCUCAAUCCCAAUCCCAAUCCCAAUCCCUUACUUGAAAAGUUGAUAAAAUCUCAAAGAGCCCAUAAGUUUUCUCAAGAAUUUGGUUGUAAAGGAGCUAUUUGCAGAAGUGGAGCAAGAUUUGAAGAGAGUUGGAGAGUUGCAGUUCGAUACUUCGAUUUGAAGAAAAGGAGUUCAAGGCAAAAUGAGUUCUAGUACUAGCGGGACAACAAAGAAAGACCAUGCUUGGCGAUGGACUAAACCAAUUCCCGGGGAGUUGAAGUACUUUUUGUGUGCAUUUUGUGAUCAAAGAAAUACCGGUGGCAUAUUCAGGUUCAAGCAACAUUUAGUUGGCACUCAUAAAGGAAUCAAACCUUGUAACAAAGUUCCACCAAAUGUGAAAGAUUGGUGCACUAAAGCACUUCAAAGAAAUGAAGAAGAGAAACAAACAAGGAUUGCGGUGCGUCGGGAGAUAGGGGGAUUGGAAAGUCUAGAAGGAGAUGCACAUUAUCAAGAGGUGACAAAUGUUGCUGCAAGUGAGAGUGGUAGUGCUCAAACUCCACUUGGUGGUGGUUCUACGGGUCAACCGAAGGCUAGAGGACCGAUGGACAAGUUUGUAUCCUCAAAAGCUCGUCAAGUUACAUUAAAUACUUCAUACAAGAAAGAAGAAAGACAUGAUGUGUGUAGAGCAAUUGGGCGUUUGUUUUAUACUAGUGCAUUGGCUUUCAAUGUGGCAAAUAAUCCUUAUUAUUUUGCGGCAUUGGAGAUGGUUGCCAAAUACGGUCCCGGUUUUCAACCUCCAACAAGUCAUGAGUUAAGGACUUGGAUUUUGAGGGAAGAAGUUGAAGAUGUUCAAAAGUUAAUGGAAGCACACAAAAAAGAUUGGAGCCACUAUGGAUGCACUAUUAUGUCGGAUGGUUGGACGGAUGGCAAGAGUAGGGUUAUACUAAAUUUUUUAGUAAAUAGCCCUAAAGGUACAUGGUUCUUGAAAUCGGUUGAUGCAUCGGAUACAAUUAAAAAUGGAGAGUUGAUGCUAAAUUACUUGGAUAGUAUUGUGGAGGAGGUAGGGGAGGAGAAUGUUGUCCAAAUAGUUACGGACAAUGCUUCCAAUUAUAAGUGGGCGGGAAAGGAACUAAUGAAGCAUAGGAGUAAAUUGUGGUGGACUCCGUGUGCGGCUCAUUGCAUUGACUUGAUGUUAGAAGAUAUUAGCAAGAUGAAAGUCUUUGAAACCACCAUUCAAAAAGCUAAGCAAAUUGUGAAAUUCAUUUAUGGGCACACACAAGUUCUUUCCAUUAUGAGGAAAUUCACCGACAACAAGGAGAUUAUUCGACCGGCGGUUACAAGGUUUGCCACAUCUUUUCUCUCUCUUCAAAGUUUAUAUAAGCAAAAGGAGGCUCUUAUUAGUAUGUUUUCAUCAAAAGAUUGGUAUGAAUGUGGAUGUACAAAACAUAAGGAUGCUUAUGAGGUGAGGAAGUGGAUCCUUCGUGACACAAGUUUUUGGAACCAUGUUGCUUAUUGCAUAAAGAGUGUCUUGCCCCUUGUUUGUGUCUUAAGAGAGGUUGAUUCGGAAGUAAGACCCGCCAUGGGAUUUAUCUAUGAGUUGAUGGAUGCCGCAAAAGAAAAGAUUGCAAGUAAUCUUGGAAAUGUAGAAGCAAAGUAUGGAGCGAUUUGGAGGAGAAUAGAUAAUAGAUGGAGUCCACAACUUCAUCAACCAUUGCAUGCGGCGGGUUAUUACUUGAACCCUCAAUUCCGAUAUGAAGACAACUUUAAAAAUACCGAGCAUGUGAAGAAGGGUUUGGAAGAGUGCAUGGAUAGGAUGCUAGUUGGUGAGGCUCGUGUCGCAGCGGAAAUACAAUUAGACUUAUAUGAGCGAAAGCUUGGUAAGUUUGGAAGUGCGAUGGCCGAAUCUACUAGAAAAAUCCGAUCACCCGUGUUUUGGUGGGAAAAAUAUGGGACACAAACACCGGAGUUGAUGAAUUUUGCUACUCGGGUCCUUUCCCUUACUUGUAGUGCAUCGGGGUGUGAGAGGAAUUGGAGUACUUUUGAAAUGAUUCAUACCAAAAAGAGGAAUAGACUUGAGCACAAGAGAUUGCAUGCUUUAGUCUAUGUGAAAUAUAAUAUUGCUCUACGAGAUAGGAAUUUGAAAAGGAAUGCUACAAUGACCGAUCCUAUUGUAGUGGAAGAAAUUGAAUCUGAUGAUGAAUGGAUAACAGAGAUAGAGGAUCCGGUUCUUCCCCCGAAUCCACAUUGGCUUGAGGACAAUGUAGAAGAUCUAACAUUAAAUGAUGAGGCGGUAAGAAAUGUGCCAAUUGGUACAUAUAAAAGUACCCUAAUUGAUAGAGAGCCUCCUCCUCGUGUGCAUUCUCCUCCUCGUGAGCCUACUCCUCCCCGUGAGCCUACUCCUUCUCUUGAUGAGCCUAUUGUUUUAUACAAAAGGAAAUCUAGUGAAGGAGCAUGUUCAAGUAAAAGAAAAACUCCAAGAAAAUCAAUGCGUCUUGAUGACAUUGUGGAUGAUGGUAUUAGAAUUAAUCCAUUUGAUGACACCAAUCCUCUCUUCGAGCACCAUGGUGAUGAUAGUGAUGGAGGUGAUAGUGAUGGUGGUGAUAGUUUGGGUGAAGAUAGUUUGGAUGGUGAUCUUCUAAUUGAUGACGAUGAUGAUUUCCAAGGAUGA